GAAGGCGGGGUUGACUGAGGCAAAGAUGAGGAUUGAGGUGUGGGCUCUCCGACAGACUAGGGAGAGAAAGUCUGAUCCUGUAGGCAGCCUACUACAUUCGAUCCACAGUCUAUACAAUUACUGAAGUGAGCUCUAGGACAGAGCAGCAGCUGUUCAUGCUUGGAGCAUUAUGAACUCUUAGGAUAAUUAGCCAACAAUAGCUUUAUUUGUACAACCUCACACCUAAAGAAGAAAGAAAAUGGCUUGUGCUGAGUUUUCUUUUCACGUGCCAAGUCUAGAGGAGCUUGCUGGAGUUAUGCAGAAGGGGCUAAAAGAUAACUUUGCUGAUGUCCAGGUCUCUGUAGUUGAUUGCCCUGAUUUGACUAAGGAACCGUUUACCUUUCCUGUAAAAGGCAUCUGUGGGAAAACUAGAAUUGCAGAAGUAGGAGGUGUGCCUUACUUAUUGCCUCUUGUAAACCAAAAAAAAGUUUAUGAUUUGAAUAAAAUUGCAAAAGAAAUCAAGCUGCCUGGAGCUUUUAUUCUUGGAGCAGGAGCAGGCCCAUUUCAGACUCUUGGGUUCAAUUCUGAGUUUAUGCCAGUUAUUCAAACAGAAAGUGAACACAAACCUCCUGUGAAUGGAAGUUACUUUGCCCAUAUUAACCCUGCAGAUGGAAGGUGCAUACUAGAGAAAUACAGUGAGAGAUAUCAUGGUUUUGGAUGUGCACUAUUGGCUAAUCUUUUUGCCAGUGAGGGUCAGCCUGGCAAGGUCAUUGAGGUGAAAGCCAAAAGAAGAACUGGACAACUUAACUUCGUGACUUGUAUGAGACAGACUCUGGAAAAACAUUAUGGAGAUAAGCCUGUAGGGAUGGGAGGUACUUUCAUAAUUCAGAAGGGAAAAGUGAAGUCUCACAUUAUGCCGGCAGAAUUUUCUUCCUGCCCAUUGAACUCUGAAGAAGAGAUAAAUAAAUGGUUGCAUUUUUACGAGAUGAAGGCUCCUUUGGUUUGUCUACCAGUUUUUGUCUCCAGAGACCCAGGGUUUGAUUUGCGACUAGAGCACACUCAUUUUUUUAGUCAUCAUGGAGAAGGUGGACACUACCAUUAUGACAUUACUCCAGACAUAGUGGAAUAUCUUGGAUACUUCUUACCUGCAGAGUUUCUCUAUCGCAUUGAUCAACCAAAAGAGACCCAUUCAAUUGGGCGAGAUUAAAUCAGCUGAUACUCUUUUAGAAAAAGAAACAACUAAGGUUAACUAAUUGAUACUAAUAUAAAAUUCAAUAGAAAUGCUUUUUAUUACUUAACCAUUUUUUUGGCCUUUAAAGUGAAAGGGAUAUGUUGACGUUGUAUUCUAUUUCAUGGAUCUGUCUGAAAGAGAUUAUUGAGAACAAAGAUACCUAAUUGGGAUGGUCUUCAUUUUUUUUUUUUUUAUACAUACAUACAUUUAUUGAACCAACUUCAUUAUGUUCUUAUUCUGUAAUACCAGCAAAAUCAAUCUUAUGUUUAUUCUUCAAGUACAAACUAAUCAGGAAUCGUGUAAUUAUUCCUACUGUCUAACAGUAAUAACUUACAUUCAUGUAACAUUAUUAAAUUUUUCAAAUUUGUCUCAGAA